GGAGUCUCUUCAAAAAUAUCAUUUAUCGCUUUCCUUUCUCUCUCUAACAAAUCAGGAAAGACGCGAACCCUAGCUUUCUCUAUCCAAAAAAUGGCACCAAAGGCGGAGAAAAAACCGGCAGAGAAAAAGCCAGCAGAAGAGAAGAAGACAGUAGCGGAGAAAGCUCCGGCUGAGAAGAAGCCUAAAGCUGGGAAGAAGUUGCCGAAGGAAGGUGCCGCGGCUGCCGGAGAUAAGAAGAAGAAGAGAAUUAAGAAGAGUACAGAGACUUACAAGAUCUAUAUUUUCAAGGUCUUGAAGCAAGUACAUCCUGACAUCGGGAUCUCAAGCAAAGCCAUGGGAAUCAUGAAUUCCUUCAUCAAUGAUAUCUUCGAGAAGCUUGCACAAGAAGCUUCAAGACUUGCGAGGUAUAACAAGAAACCAACAAUUACUUCAAGGGAGAUCCAGACGGCUGUGAGAUUGGUGUUGCCUGGAGAAUUGGCUAAGCAUGCAGUGUCGGAGGGUACUAAGGCGGUGACUAAGUUUACCAGCUCUUGAAGCGGUGGCGAUGACAAGGAGGCGAUGGUCGGUAAUGAAUUACGGUUUUCUUGUGUGUAUCUGUGUAUGUUAGGGUUUAGGUAGUAUAUGGAAUUAUUUUUAUGAUUUCUAGUGUAGUUUGAAAUUUGAGUUUUUUUGUUAUGUAAUUGAAGUUUGGAUUUGCUCGAUCCCAAAGUUUCUAUUGAAAAAAUUAGAUACAAAAAAGUUGUUCCUCAAGUGUUGCUAGUCUAUUUGAGUUGUAAAUGUUCAAUUGCAAAUAUGUUGCUGUUAGUAUUGGUUCUGUUUAACCAGUAUUUAACCGGAAGAUGGUGCAGGUUGGUGUUCUUUCGAAUUGGUUCGCAGUUUGUA